GGACUUGGACUACUAGCAUUUCAAGCUCACUAUCCAAAAUACAAGCCACCACUUUGCAACAUUCUUGAUCCAACAUCAAAUUGUGAGAAAGUUGAUGGCAAAAAUGCAGCACUUUUAUAUGUUGCACUUUAUUUAGUAGCACUUGGCUCAGCAGGAAUAAAAUCAUCAUUGCCAUCACAUGGUGCUGAUCAAUUUGAUGACAAAGACAAGAAAGAAGCAAUUCAAAUGUCAAGUUUCUUUAAUUGGCUUUUGUUAGCAGUGUGUCUUGGUGGUUCAAUUAGUACAACAUUUAUUGUGUGGAUACAAGAACAUAAAGGAUGGGAUUGGGGAUUUUUUGUGAGCACUUUGGCUAUGUUCUUAGGUGCAAUAAUAUUUUGUGUUGGUUUACCAUGGUAUAGGAUAUUUGUUAUUAAGGGAAGCAGUGCCAUCACAGAGAUUUUCCAGGUUUAUGUUGCAGCCAUAAGAAACAGACACCUUCAACUUCCUCAGGACUCGUCCGAUCUCUAUGAGAUCGACGAGGACAGAGAAGCUUCAAUUCCAGCAGAAUUUCUACCUCAUACUGAUACAUACAAGUUAGUUAUCUCUCUCUAUUUCACUCAUUUACGAACUCAUCUGACAA